AUGAGACUGCUUCUGACUUUCUGUUCUAUUUUAGUUUUUUAUCUGCCAAUUCGUAAGAAAACCGUGUACUCCCAACCGCAGGGAAUCGAUUCCGAAGAAGGCGAUGCGGAGAGUGAGUUCCUACCGAUCAGGAGAAUAAUCAGAGAAGAACGUUGCUCCUUUCAGUAUUCUUCAACCGCACUUAUUCCCAGCAUCAGACGUCUCUCGAGCAGAAGAUAUUCCGUGGAUACAAUAUGAAAAAUCGGCCGGUGAAGAACGCGUCGCUGCCGACGAUCGUAGACGUUCACUGGCAUAUAAUCCACGUGUCGAUCAAUGCGAAAGAGCAGACGAUGACUGUGCACGGGCACAUUUACAUGGUUUGCAUAGGUAUGAGAAGGGGUAGAAUCGGAGAGAAUUCAGAAAUGGUUCGAUGAAUAUCUCGUCUGGGAUCCGAAAGAUUUCAGUGGGAUCCAUUACGCCCGAGUCAAAAAGUGGCAGGUCUGGCAGCCGAAAAUCAAAGUGGCCAACAGGUAUCCGUUCCCGUCGCCCUCCCGCUUCUAUUCCCGUUCUUUAGUGCGUCUGGCCUCGGAUCAGUUUUCGACUUCUCGACGAGCGCCCACGUCAUCAUCCAGAUGCAAGAGAGCAAAGCAAAAGUGGAGAUGUACCCGACGUUCUCGAUCAAAGUCGGCUGCGCUUUCGACUUCACCGACUUCCCGAACGACGAGAACAAGUGCUCCAUGAAUUUAUUCUCAACCCUUCCAAUGUCCGAGGUUCAGCUCCAGAAUCUUUAUUCCAUUCCGCCUACUCUCAGUUUCGGUGAGAUUUUGACGGCAUUUCGGGAGGCAAGAAAUGCUUUUUCAGGAUGGGAGGAGCAGAAAAUGAAAAGAAUAAUAUCGGAUUUCAAGAUUCAAAACGUGUCGAGCGAAUCCAUUUAUUACUCGAACGGCAAUGUUUCCUCGUCCGCGCCCGUCAGUGGCUACGACCUCAGCGUCGCGUGGUCGAUGCUCAAAGUAAACGUGAAGUUCGUCCGGCACUCUCCUCUUUUCGUGGCCGGAAUCGCUGCUCCGUGCUUGGUAUCUCUGCCAAUCUCUUCAGCUCUCUUUCAGUUCUUUUUCAGAUAACUGCCCUGAUCAACAUUCUCUCGUUCUUCAUCCCCACUCUCCCGUUCACCUGUUACAUUCUCAUGGCAAAUCAGUUCAUUCAAAUGGUGUUCCUGCAGGAUAUGGUCAAGAAACUUCCCCUGACAGUCCGAGCGAUGCCCUCUUCAGGUUAGAAACUCUUCAGAUCAUUCCCAAGAUAUUCGUUUUCAGUGAAACUCUACUGCUUCAUCAUGCUCUUCAACGCGAUUUCCCUUUUCCUCCACUUCGUUUUCAUCUUUCUCACUGAGCAUAAAACGCCAGUUCCGGAAGGGUUCCGGAUCGUUUAUGUCCUGAAAGGAUACCUGCCCGCCACGUGGAAAGAGAAGGACGUGAUCAAAGACGAAGGUGGGAAAGUGAGAUCCCUUCUGACCAAUCGAAAAGGGAUUUCAGAGAAGGAGGGCAAGUGGCAGGAGUGGCUGAAAGUGGUCCGACCUCUGAUCGGCACCGUCCUUGCGUUCGUCUACUUUAUCCAAAUCCUCGUUUACAUAGUUCUCUAA